AUGAGUGAUUCACGAGCUGGCAAAAAAGAAAAGUGUCAGCAAAUACAAGUAUUUGUCCGUGUUAGACCUAUAAGUAAUCUUGAGAGAAAUAAUAAGUCUGCAACCGUAGUGGAAGUUCUUAAUAAUAAGGAAGUAAUAGUGCACAAGCGUCCUUAUGAUAAAUUAUCGAAAAAAUAUAAAUUUGAUAAUGUAUUUGAACCUUCUUCCAAACAGAUUGAAGUAUAUAAUAUUGUUGUUAAUCCAUUGUUGGAUGAAGUUUUGGCUGGAUGUAGUUGUACAGUAUUUGCAUAUGAACAAACUGGUACAGGAAAAACAUUCACAAUGGAAGGAAUUAACAGUGAUUCAACUUUGUAUUGGCAAAGUGAUUCAUCUGCUGGUAUAAUACCAAGGUCUUUAAGUCAUAUGUUUGACAAAUUGCAAUUAUUGGAAGCACAAGAAUACACAAUUAGAGUUAGUUUUCUAGAACUUUAUAAUGGAGAUUUAUUUGAUCUUUUAUCACCUAAUGACGAUGCAACUAAAAUAAGAUUGUAUGAAGAUACAUCAAAGAAAGGUGCAGUAAUCAUUCAUGGGUUAAAUGAAGUAACAGUACACAAUAAAAGUGAAGUGUACAAAAUUCUUGAAAAGGGAUCAGAAAAGAGACAAACUGCUGCAACAUUGAUGAACGCUCAAUCUAGCCGGUCUCGUAUAGUAUUUUCAAUUACUAUACAUAUGAAAGAAAAUACUACUGAUGAAGAAAAAGUUCUGAAAACAGGAAAAUUAAAUCUAGUGGUCCUAGCAGGUAGUGAAAAUAUUGGAAGAUCUGGCUCUGUUGACAAAAGAGCAAGAGAAGCUGGUAGUAUUAAUCAAUCUUUGUUAACACUUGGCAGAGUUAUAACAGCUCUUGUUGAAAGGGCACCUCAUAUACCUUAUCGGGAAUCAAAACUUACAAGAUUACUACAAGAAUCAUUAGGUGGACGAACGAAAACAUCAUUAAUUGCAACUAUAUCUGCUGCUAGUAUUAACCUUGAAGAAACACUGUCAACAUUAGAUUACGCACAUCGUGCAAAAAAUAUUACUAAUCGCCCCGAAAUAAAUCAGAAACUUUCGAAAAAAAAAAUGCUUAAACAGUAUACAGAAGAAAUUGAAAGACUACGGAGAGACUUAUUGGCAACGCGUGAAAGGGACGGUGUUUAUCUUGCAAAUGACAAUUAUCAAGAAAUGCAAGCAUUAAUUUCUCAACAGACUAAGGAGAUAGAAGAGAAACUUAAUCGUAUAAAAGCACUUGAAAAAACUAUGCAAGACAAAGAAAAAAUAUAUAACGAACUUGAAUUACAAAAUAUAACUCAAAUGAAAGAGUUACAUGAAGCCAAAGUCAAAUUAAAUAGUGCUUCUAACGCUCUUAAAUCGACAAAUGAUCGAUUAAAACUGAUAGCACAAGAACGGAAUGAGCAAAAAUAUUUAGUAGAAAAGUCUACAAAUACAGAACAGUGUCUAUUGCACCAAGCCCAAACUUUACUAAGCGUCGCAGAUACGGCAACAGCAGAUUCCCAUAAGUUACAUGAUAAAAUUGCUCGUAAGAGGUUCGUCUAUUACUGCUAA